UCAGUACGGCUUUAAAUUUCAGUCCGACAACAUAUACGCAUUAUGGGUCAAGAAACUCCAGUCCAGAACACGGAACAACCUCCACAAACGGAGGAAGGUACUAGUGUGGAAACGGUUCAGGAGGGGGUCAAACCCUCGGUUGAAGUGGAAGCCGUAGCUCUCAGCAUAGCUAACGAUGUUGUUGAAGAGGCCUCUCAGGAAACUCAACCGGAAGCGACCGCAGCAGUUCCACAGAAUUCUGCUCCAGCCGGUAUCACAUACGUGAAACGCGCCGAUGGAACGCCUCAGUUCAUGUACGAUGCCGUGGCUUGGAUUGCACCUCAGCAAGGAUUCACACCUGGUCAGUUCCAGAUUAGCUUCGAGUCCGGCUCUGGGAAGGGCGAUGGCUUCGUGGCGGAAAUGUUUCGAGCUUCCAUCACCGAAGGUGAUCGUAAAUUGGUAGUCCUGUGCAAGAUCCCACCCAUCAACGAUGCCCGUCGUCAGAGUUUCGGUGCGAUGCCGGUAUUCGACCGCGAAGUGCAGGCGUAUUCUAAAUUCCUUCCAGCAAUCUACGAAUUUCAACGGAAAAAAGGUGUAACUGAAGAGAUGGGAAUUGGGUUCUUUAACGCUCCCCAAUGUUAUCUGGCUUACAUUGAUGAAGCGAAGGAGGAAUCCGUCAUCAUUAUGGAUGAUCUGCGCCUGAAGGACUACCGGAUGUGGAACAAGAUGGUCCCAGUCAACUACGAGCAUGCUAGACUACUGAUGAUCCAACUAGGUAGACUACAUGCCGUAUCCUUCGCUCUGAAAGAUCAACAACCCGACGUCUUCGAGCAAUUUAAAGUACCCGAUCCGAUGACUGCAAUGAUGAUUGCCAACGCAGGAUUCACACAGAUGAUGCAAAUGUCGUUAGAUCGAGUCUUGACCAUAAUUGAACCUCAUGAAGAAAAGACGCGACAAAAGCUCCUGAAACUGAAAGAUACUAUAUUCGAUGACCUGCAAACUAUCACCAAAUCAGAAAUUGCCGGACCGUAUGCUGUUUUGUCUCAUGGCGAUUGCUGGAUCAACAACAUGAUCUACUCGUACAAGCGAGGAGUCCCCACCGAUAUCACCCUUCUCGACUGGCAAAUUUGCCGUUAUGUAUCGCCGGCCCUGGACCUGGUAUACUUCAUAUUCUGUUGCACCGACGAAGACUUCCGCCGAAAGCACUACGACGAAAUGAUUCGCAUCUACUACGACUCGUUGAAGCAACUUUUGGAGAAACUCGGCGGCGACGCAACUCGACAGUUUCCUUACACGGCGUUGCUGCGACAAUUGAAGGUGUGCGGUAAGUUCGGCUUGCUGAUGGCGAUGUUCCUCGUACCGAUGCUCUGCACCGAAAACCAGGACCUGCCCGAUAUGGACGAGGCAGCGGAGAGGUUCAAGGAGUCGCAAGAGAUUGAAAUACCGUUCGAGGUUACCGAAAAAUCCGAAGCCUCGUACAGGAAGCGUAUGGGGGCCGUCGUACGGGAUCUGAUAAGAUAUGGCUAUCUGUAGGUCGAAACUGAGCCGAUUCAAAAGAUAGGGGAAGUGAGUGAUAGAUGUUGGGAUAUUAUUAAAACAAAUAAAAUCAAUAAUUUCG